AUGCCACAGUUCAGAACGGUCUUGGUAACAGGGGGAGCUGGUUAUAUCGGCAGCCAUUGUGUUGUCGACCUCCUCGAUGCGGGAUAUGAAGUUGUGGCUAUAGACAAUUUCGCCAACGCCGUUGGUGAUGAGGAGGGCUCACCAGCUCUGGCGCGCGCUGAACAAAUCACAGGAAAGACAAUCACGUUUUACAAAGCCGAUCUACUGGAUAAGCCGCAGAUAAAUGAUAUUUUUGAUAAGCAUAGCAUAGACUGCGUAAUCCAUUUCGCAGCACUGAAAGCAGUCGGUGAAUCCAUGCAGCAACCUUUACUCUACUAUCAAAACAAUCUACUUGGCAUGCUUAAUUUAUUAGAGAUCAUGAGGUCUCACAACUGCUACCAAAUCGUGUUCUCGUCAUCAUGCACAGUGUACGGCGAGCCUGAACAGCUACCGAUCACGGAGACACACGCAACAGGAAACAUAACAAACGUCUACGGCAGAACAAAGUACUUCAUUGAGGAGAUGCUUAAGGAUUUGAGUGCAGCUGACGAUAAAUGGAACAUCAUAUCACUUCGAUACUUCAACCCAGUCGGCGCGCAUCCAUCAGGUCUGAUCGGAGAAGACCCCACGAAAGAGUUCACCAACUUGAUGCCGUUCAUGGCGCAGGUGGCUCUUGGAAAGAAACCAGUGCUCACUAUAUUUGGAAACGACUACAAUACACCUGAUGGGACUGGUAUUCGCGAUUACAUACAUGUCAUGGACUUGGCUAGUGGUCACGUGGCAGCUUUGAACCUUUUGAGCACUAAUCAUGUUGGAUUAAAGGUGUACAACUUAGGCACCGGGCGAGGUGUGUCCGUCAAAGAAUUGGUUGACGUGUUCGAGAGGGUGACGGAAACCAAGGUGCCGACGAAAUACGUCGCGCGACGAUUAGGCGAUAUCACCGCGAUGUGGGCUGACGCGACCCUGGCAAAAACUGAGCUGGGAUGGAGUACGACUCGGAGUAUUGAGGAGAUGUGCACGGACUUCUGGCGAUGGCAGACAAUGAACCCGGACGGAUACCCAAAGAAGAAUAAAACAAGCGUAAUCGUUAUGAACGGAAAAAGCUAA